AUGACUCGCCUUCCCCUCUUAAUCUUCAUUCCUCUUAUCCUAACCGUAGUUUCUGCAGCCCCGACCGAGGCUGACUGGCAGACUGUUACGGCAAAGUUCAACCCCACGACUAACGAGAUAGUCUACAACAACAUCAGUUUCGAAGGACCCAAAAUUCUGGAUCAUUCGCACUAUGUAUUCAACACUAUCAUGACCGUUAUAUGCGUGAUCUGUGCAGCGCUGGCGUCUGGUCUCACUAUGGGGUUGGUCUCACUAGAUGACUUUGAUCUGAGGAUACUGAUGGAGUCGAGCGAAGAAGACGUUCCUGACCCAGCCGAUAAGGCUGAGAUGAGGAAGGAGAAGCGAGCUGCUGUUAGAUUGUUCCUAAUGGUUAUCUUCUACCCGGUUGCCGGCCCAGUUGCAUGGUGCCUCGAUAAGACUCUAGGAGAGGAGCACAAAGGGCGGUAUAACAAAGCGGAAUUUAAGGCUUUGCUGAAUCUACAUCAGUAUGAUGAGGUCCAACUACAUUCCCGUGGAGGUAUUACUAAGGAGGAGCUCCGGAUGAUGCAAGGCGCAUUGGAACUACAUCGCCUCAAAGUAAAAGAUGUGAUGACGCCGUUGGAUCAGGUUGCGAUGUAUUCGGCUGAUCAAGCUCUGGAUGCCAAGACAUUACAGGACAUAGUGGAGAAAGGCCAUUCUCGAUUGCCGAUUUACCAGGGUUAUCCACACAAUGUGCAUGGUAUGCUGCUUGUCAAACGGUUGAUCACUUUGAAUCCGGGAGAUGCAGUUCGAAUAGGAAACACCGAUUUAUUAGAGCCUAUGAUUUGUGAUAUGGAGACCACCUUGCUGGAUAUGCUUUAUGAAUUUUCAACUGGCAGGAGUCAUCUAGCAGUAGCGACUGACGAUCCGGAGAGGGUCAUCGAGGCCAUUCAUGGGGAGAAGCAGAUUCCAUGCAACAUUCACAUGGCAGGGAUCAUCACGCUUGAAGACGUCAUUGAAAGGUUGAUAAAACACGAUAUUCAAGAUGAAAGCGAUAUAUCGGUAACGCUGCAACCCGUAUUGCAUCUUCCUUCCUCAACUGGAGGAAAGAUCAAAAUUCCCGCCUCCCCACAUGGACGUAGCAUUAAGAUUAGCGCACCAACGGGUGUGUUGUCGAUCAAGCAUCAGCCGCCUAAUAGCGUCGGGAGGUCAGCUUCGGUAAAGUCUAGUCAUGCACCGACAUCACAAGCAGGCAGGGAAUCACCAUCGCUCAGGACGCCUUUGCUGAAGGAUACGUCUUCUACGACGGGAGUAAUGCCGGUGAUCACUGAGACGUCUCCGAUGUCUGCUCACUCUACGACUUCAUCGAAAAGUAAGAAAGACAACCCUGCAUCAGCUGGUUCAACAGUACCGUCAAAGUCGCAUACUCCCUCUUCUGAACAGGAGCUGACAGGGAAGAAAGAUGCCAAUAAUACCACGGGUGAAAACGACUUGGCGAAAAAAGGGGAAUGUAAAAUGUCAAACGAAAGAUGGGAUUGACUGUAGAGUUACUUAAUAUAUCGUUUGUCGCCUCUCCCGAAUACACUGGGCGAGUUUUU